AUGUCAGGGGCUUUAGAUAUCCGAACUCCACUAUCCAAGCCCGAAGCGAUAUGGCGAAGACACAGACCUAUUAUGGAGUUAACCGUUCCAACAGCUCGCGACGAGGAAGGAAGAAUAUACCAGUUGUCACCGCCGCCGCGAGUCCGUAAGACGCGCCAGGCCUCGACGAGUAGGGCCGUGACACCUAAGGGUCCUCCCCAGUCAACAGCUGAUAUGAACUACCAAGGACAGAACGAUAGUGUGAUCACGAUCCUCCGACCGGGUGGCGCCUCACCAUCUAAGGCGACUUCACACGGCCUCCUGGAUAAACACACUUCUCGGGUUCUGAAUCUGGCACGAGGGGUCGAUUUGUUGCCAGAGAUACGAGAAGAACACGAGCUACUUUCACCUCUUCUUUCUGAGACUUUCAAGAUCGACAUGGAGAGAAAGCGGUUCCACACAAGCCGGCUCGGAGGGGGACCGAGCAGAGGGAAGGGUAAUGAAUCUGCAUCAGCAGGAGGUGAUAGCAAGGUAUUGAUGGCGGUAGGGAGGAGUGAAAAUUCCCAGCAACGGCCACAGCAUCAGUCAAGAUCAUCGCAGACUUCAUCAGAUGUGUUCAAUCCAGGCAAAUUUUUUGAUUCUGUUUUCCGGUUUCAAGUUGAUGGUGAAAGGCUUAAAGACCAACGGUAUGCAGGUUCGCAGAGAGCGGUUGCAUCGCAAUCCAGGUCAUUCGGUGAGCCGACGGUUACUUGGCGAGGGCGAGGAAGCAGAGGAAAGAAGUUGGUAACAGGCAGAGACCAGAAGCUGAAGACUACAGAUAAGACGGUAACUGAGAAGGCAGAUCCAGAAAAUAUGGGGCACAAUUCCAAGGCGUUGGAGCUUCCAGUGUUGGAUAUUCGACGGCAAGAUGCCCCGCGGCUGCCAGAGUUAGACCCUGAUGUCGUCAGACCGCGACCCUUUCUUUCCCACGCCCGAAGGGGGUCGACGUCGUCGUCAUCGUCGUCGAACUCGACGGCGACAGAAUCCUCAUCCAUCCGACCAACAUCCACCUGCGAAGACGCACGAAUUAGCAUAUCAAGCACAGUGUACAACGGCUCCUCCAUGAUGUCGCAUUCCAACAUUUAUUCGCCUGCUGACGACCGCAUAGGAAGUGAUCGAACCUCCUUUAUCGACUUCUUACCAAUACCGAAAGCGAGGACGAUGGCCGACGAACCCUCACCGUCGACUGAAAGGGUGCCGACUGUUGAUGCCCAUGAUUUUCUCACAGUGCACGGCGGCGAGGACGGAUCACGGGCGCGGUCGCCCAAACCCCCUAUCCCCACUACGCCCAAGCCGCAUUUUGGCAAUCGUUCUGUGCCCAGUCUGGCGUUGCGACGACGCCCUUCUCCAUGUACUGGAAGCGAUAAUGAUCUGCCACCAACGACCAACUAUCUCAAAGCAGAAGAGCGGGCUGAACUUAUUCGCAAGUCACGGAAACUUGCACAGGUGUUUGGGCAGACGCCUGGAGCGGGCGUGAUGCCCCAGCAGGAUUCAUGGGUCAGUUUCUUAGACUUGCCUUUGGACGCCACACAUAGAGGCCGCCACCUUCGUGGUACCGCCUCUGUUUCAAAUCCUCUUGCCUUGCCCUCCGACGUCCGUCGCGGCCCUGGACCCCUUCCUGUCUGGCCCCCUCCCGAAGGCACCCAAUACCUGACAGCUUCUGGCCGGCGCCAUUCCACACCUCUCACGCCGGAUGAGUUUUCCUUCCUCCAUGAUACCGGAAGCGACGAUAGGUCCAGCUGCUAUUCGAGGCCAGAAUAUAUCAUCGAGGUUGGAUCUCAGGAAGGAGAACCAUCAACUGAUCUCUCUGUACUCCACGGGGAUGCUGGUGGUGAUGACCCUAAUGGAGAAGACACUACAUCUUUCAUCGACCUAUCUGAGGAAGGGUUGCCUGAUGAUGGUGUUUCGGCCAUCAUCUCAAAUAGCCCUCCGAGGAAGGACGGAAGGCACCGGUCUCCAUCGCCCUCAACUCGCUACCUGUUUCAAUUUGAGCACUUAUCACCGGAGGAGCAGACUGAAGAGCUCAGAAGACGUAAGAGAGAGAAGCUGGCGAAGCUCCAUCGCUUUUUAGGCUCUCGCAUCCCCACCAACCUUGUUCUUGGUAUAGAGGACCCUUUCCUCUCGUUACCACCACCUCCUCUCACCCAAAUGGAUUCCAACGACGAUGCUACUCCCAAGGCUUGGUUGAGGAGGCGUAGGAGUAGCUCAGUUGCCGCUUUCCCUCACUGGUCGGACGAUCAUGACAGGGUCAAAGAGGACCUCAACGACAAAGAGAAGGCGAUUAACGUGCGUCGUGCACAGAAAAUGGAGAAGAUGUUCGGUGUUGCACCGCCGCAAACGCUGUAUCACACCCGACACGGCGCCUCUCCCUCUGCAUCGCUCGCAGGCCUAAGUGCUCCACAGAAGUCUCGUUCUGCCGUGCCAGGCUCUACUCCCAUGGUGUCUCCUCCUUCGUCCCCCAAGAACAUGAACCAGUCUCCAUACAAGAACAAAUCUAGGAAGGAUGAUCGGCCCGGUUCUCCCGAAUCUCAGAAACAUCUUCUAUCGAAACGCAACGACCAGUUCGAUGUCAAUGAAGGCACCUCAGGUCAGAUCAAGCCUCGUGGGAGAAGCGGUUCGCUUGUAUAUACCCAUUACCAACACUCACUUAACUCCUUGGUCGAUAUUAUUGAUAGAGAUGACAGAGAAUCUCUUGCAGAACUGCAUGAGUACCUCAACAGCAAUGAGUCGCCUUCUCCCCCCUUGAAAGAGUUUAUGCUCGCCAGGGACCGUCGCCCAUCCAUCGCCUCCAUCAAAUCAGAGCGUCGUCGCUCACUCCCUGCUCGCACUUCGAUAUCCUCACUCGCAUCAGAGUAUAGCAUAUCCGCCAUCGCUUCGCCCAAACCAGAAGUAACAGAUUUCCAGCUCCGCCGCCGCAGAGCUGCGAAGCUCACAAACUUUUUCGGCGUGGAUUACCGUGAUCUCAUCAGAGAUGUGUUGGACAGUAUCGAGAAUGGUUUGGAGCACGAAAGGAAGAGAGGUACAAUCAACCCUGAAGAAGCAGAGGACUUGCUACAAAAACUGCGGGAAAUCAAGACGAAACGUGAUGGUAUCUUUUGA